CCAUUAAGAAAAUGGUACGGGAUUAAUGCUAAGUUACUUCCUGGCUUUGUAUCAAUUAUCUCCCACGCGCAUCCCCUUGGUGCUGCUUCGGCUGCGGCAAGUGUGAACGGCGGCUGCGAGCGAGUACGUGGAUAGGCGAAGAAGGAGCGAGUGGCUAUGGGGCCUUCCGCCGGCGGCCGCACUAUCUCCCAAGAAGCCUUCGAAGCCCUGGUGGCGGAGAACAUGGAUGACCUCGGAAUGGACCCCGAGGAGGCCCUCGAGGACGCCCUCCAGACCCUAACUCUUCAGGGCGUCGAUCUCUCCGGAAUUAUCAAAUGCAUUCCUGGAGUAAGUAGCACAAGGGAUAAUCCUCUCAUCCAGACUUUAGACAAGCUAAAAGAUGUAGCUUUUUCUACAUCAAAUACAUCAAAGGAUAAUGCAGAGGUGGAAGAAAUAGUUGAACUGCUUAACAAAUUUUAUGGUUUAUGCUCAGUGGAGGGAACAGAAAAUGCAACAAUUGCAUCAAGGAAUGGAGGGGUGGAGCUCCUCACCAGAAUAUGUUCCUCUUUUGAUGUACAAUUUGAGACAACUCUUGUGUUGGCUAUGAAAGCAUUGAGUUCCAUUCUUCAUGACGCACAAAGUAGAGAAAUUUUUCAGCAAAAUGGAGGGCCAAAAGUUGUUGCUGAUAUCCUGAGUGGAAACAGGAAAAAUCCUGUCAUCUUGGAUAGUAGCUUUUCUGUUGUCGUGGCAGCCUCAACAAAUGAUGAAAUUCUAAAAGAAUCAUUCAUGGAAUUGAAAAUAGAUGAGCUUAUUCUGCAAAUACUUAAAGAACAGCCUAAAGACACACUAUACAGUUUAUAUGAUGCUAUACGUGUCCUUUUGACUCCAGAUGACACUCGUGUUUUGGCAUCUCAGGUAUAUGGAUAUGCUCGAAGAUUUGCAAAACUUGGUAUUGCAGAUGCUCUUGUCAAAGCACUUUGUGAUGGCUUAAGUUCACCUAUCCUAGCUUCAGCAUGUAUUGCAUUGAAGGCCGUUGCUGUAAAUGAUGAGAUAUGCAAAUCUAUAUCUGAAAGUGGUGGUAUUGAUGCAAUUCUCCAGUGUUUGGAUCAAAGCACUGAACAGAACAACAAAGCCAUAGCUAGAGUUUGCUGUUCUUUGCUGUCCAAGCUAGCAGGUAGUGAUACAAACAAGACUUUAAUUGUUGAGAAGGGUGGUCUGAACUGUCUUAUGAAGCUGUCAUCCAGGUUUUCUGAAGAUCCAUUAGUUUUACAAGAGAUUAUGUCUAUUAUCACUGUUCUUUCUCUGAGAUCACCAGAAAAUGCUGCCAGUGCAGUUGAAGCUGGUGUAGCAGACUUUGUUCUUCAUGCAAUGCAGAAGUUUCCAACUUCAUAUCAGCUGCAAAGACAAGCUUGCUUUAUGAUUCGAAAUCUUGUAGUUAGGAACCCAGAAAACAGGAUAAUUCUUCUCAGUAAUGGAAUUGAGAAGCUCGUAAGGAAGGCUAAGGUAAGCCAUGCGAGCUGCAAGGAUGCUGCAACUGCCGCAUUGAGGGAUCUCGGUUUAGAUGAUUACAACACAUAACUUAUCCUUGUGUGCUGCUGCCAUCAGUAGUGAUCAGUUUUUUCCAUUCAAAUUGAGCCAGUUGGUGGUUAUACUGGCUCCCUCUUGAUUGAUGGUUUGCCAUGUUUUAUUUCAUGCUUACAUGAUACUGGUUCUCUUGAUAAAGACUCCUCGUAUCAAUCACAAAGAAUUUCUUAACAUGAA